AUGAAUUAGAAAUCAUAAAUUCAAUUGGAUUUCGAUUCAGAAGACACUGAAGGAUCUGACAUCUCUUUCGAAAGUUCUUUUGAUGAGUAGUUAGAAUAGGAGUUUGAAUAGACUUUGCAAUAGAAGGGAAUAGUUUAAUUCAAGGAUUAAAUGGAAAGAAUGAUGCAAUUGAAUCAAGAAAUAGGAACAAUCAAAUUGGAAAAAGCAAAUUUCGAGGACGAGGAAGAGUUAAAGAAGUUAUUCCCACCUAAGUAAUAAGAAAAUUUGAUAUCUCGCAAAUCUAUAUCCAACAUAUAAAUUAUGUCCCCAAGACAAAAGAGUUAGAGUGAAAAUAAGAACAACUCUUAAUGGUAUUAGGUCUCGAAGAACAUUUUGAACAGUUCCAAAAAAGUAGCAUCUCAACCGACUUUGGAAGAAUUCCAAUAGAGGUUGAAUCUGUUUCGGAUAAAUAAUACAAAGAGUGACAUCGUAGAUUUAAUAAUAGAAGAGUAGGAUAAAUUGUUGAAAGACAUUCAACAACAAGAAAAAAAGAACAAGGCUAUUGAAAAUGCUGUUCAUGAAUCCAUUGAGGCUAAGGUUAGAAAGGAAACUGGAGACGUGGGAUAUGUUUCAUUUAGAAAGAAGAUCUAGUUUCAAUUUCGUAUAAGAAAGGCUGAGGAGUUGGCUUAGGAGAAAGUGUUAAAGCAGAAAGAGAAAAAAGAAACUGACAUGCAUAGAUCCCUUUAAAUAUUUGAUCAAUUGUUUUUGAAUAGAAAUUAUGAUGAGGAGGGUGAAGUGAAAAGUUUGGCUGCUGAGGAAUUAUACAAGAAAGUAAGGAGGUGCUAAGAUGACAUUGAUGUCAAAAACACCAUCAUAUAAUUCAUCAUUUUGCAUAGGAAGAAAUAGAUAGAUGAAUAUAAGAACAAGCCAACAAUCCUGAAACCUACGAAAUUUAUAUCAGAAGACAGCAGAGAAUUCUCAUUACUUCAACCUAAUAUGCAAUUUCGAUAGUAGAUGAUGCAAUAGUAAUUAAAUAAGGAAGUGUUAGACAAGAGAGAUGAUUUGGAAGGAGAGAACAUUUACUUAUUAACCAAGAUCAAUUAAAUAUUGGAAGGUAAUCUCAUGAAAUUAUGGAAACAUAAAUUAGGAUCUAAAAUGUGA